GAGUACCAACAGCAUCCAAACAGUUUUCUGUAUCAACCCGGAAACUUUAUCCUCUUCCUUCAUUUCUUCAACCAUUCUCCUCCAAAGAACAAAUCAAACGAAACUCUGCCCAACCAUCUCUAAACCCUAGCCAACUGCUUUUCUUUGAAUCUGCUAUGAAGUUCUUCCAAUGGCGUUUUGGUGGCCCUUGCUCGUUCUACUACUGGCUUUCGUCAUCUGCAAGUUCCUUCUCAUUCUUAUUCCUCCCAAGGUUCCUUCCAUUGACGUCGACUCCUCCGGUGUGUUGGAUGAUGGGAAUCAAACACAAGAGAACGACUUCAUAUAUGUGCCUCCAAGGGGAACGACACAGCAAUCGAACGGGAAAGUUCAGUGCUACGAGCCCGAUACCGUGAAAUAUUUGGGAUAUGUUCCUACGUUAACGCCCGAUGAGGUUUGCGAGCCUAUAGAGAAAGUACGUAAGCCACAAAAAGUGUGGGCGAAGACGAGCUUCAAGCAAAGGCGCCAGUUACGUACACUUUUGGAGUAUAUAAUUGAACAUCAAACACUAUGCGAAAUAUCUUCGCGUGAUACUGGGAAGACAAUGGUAGAUGCUUCUUUCGGAGAAAUAAUGACAACGUGUGAGAAGAUAAAUUGGCUGCUGUCUGAGGGUGAGCAAUGCCUAAAGUCUGAGUACCGAUCCUCUGGAAGAGCGAUGUUUCAUAAGACAGCUAGAGUAGAAUUACACCCCCUUGGUGUUAUUGGUGCCAUUGUGUCAUGGAACUAUCCUUUCCACAAUAUUUUUAACCCGAUGUCGGCAGCAGUUUUUUCUGGAAAUGGCAUUGUGAUUAAGAUUUCAGAACAUGCAGGUUGGUCUGGAUGCUUUUACUUCCGAAUCAUCCAAUCAGCCCUUGCUGCUAUAGGAGCUCCAGAGGAACUUGUUGAGGUGAUAACAGGGUUUGCUGAAACAGGAGAAGCACUGGUAUCUUCUGUUGACAAAGUCAUUUUUGUUGGAUCACCUGGGAUAGGCAAGAUGAUAAUGAGCAAUGCUGCGGAGAAACUUAUACCAGUUACAUUGGAGUUUGGUGGAAAAGAUGCAUUUAUUGUUUGUGAAGAUGUAGAUGUGGAUCAUGUUGCUCAAAUUGCUGUCAGGGCUGUUCUUCAGUCAAGUGGGCAGAACUGUGCUGGGGCUCAGCGACUUUAUGACCACAGGAACAUAUAUGCAUCCUUUGCCAGUAAAGUUACCAAAAUUAUUAAAUCUAUUACAGCUGGCCCACCACUUGCUAGAAAAUAUGAUAUGGGAGCUUUAUGUAUGCAUGCGCAUUCUGAAAAGCUUCAAGGCCUUAUAAAUGAUGCUUUAGACAAAAGAGCUGAAAUUAUUGCACGAAGAAGUUCUGGACACAUAGGUGAAGGUGCAGUUGAUCAAUAUUUCCCCCGUACGGUGAUUGUGAAUGUAAAUCACUCACUGAGAUUGAUGCAGCAAGAGGCCUUUGGACCAAUCAUGCCAAUUAUGAAAUUUAGCUCCGAUGAGGAGGUUGUGAAGCUUGCAAAUGAUUCAAAAUUUGGGCUUGGAUGUGCUGUUUUCUCAGGCAGUCAGAGCCGUGCUACAGAUAUAGCUUUCCAGAUAAAUUGUGGGAUUGCAGCGAUUAAUGAUUUUGGUGCAACAUACAUGUGUCAGUCGCUGCCAUUCGGGGGAGUGAAACGAAGUGGAUUUGGUGGUGCAGAAGGUUUGCGGGCAUGCUGCCUUGUAAAAGCUGUUGUAGAAGAUAGAUGGUGGCCAUUCAUCAAAACCGUGAUACCGAAGCCUGUUCAGUAAUCCUGUUGCAGAAAAUGGACUUGAGCUCCAGGAAUCCCUUGUUGAAGCACUAUUCGGGCUCGGCUUAUGGGACCGUUUGCAAGCAUUGGUUAACGUGCCGAAAAUGCUUACUGAGCAGAGCUCUCUACGUGGCAGCAUAAAAAAGAAAGAUGACUAAUCGUGUCAGGAGUGUCAACAUUCCAAAUGGUUCAUAUUCAUAUCAUCAUCAUGUUCAAAUAAUUGAGGGCUUUUGGUUUGUCGUUUAUCCCCCAGAAUCCAUCUAUAAUUUGGGCUUAGCAAUUACUCACUACUGCCAUGUUGCUGUGCUUAUUCGAUGACAAUACUGGGCUACUUUGUCUGAUGACGAUCAUAUGAAUUUUAUAUCAAUAUGUUAAUGAAAUUACACCAUACUACUA